AGCGGCGGAAGCCAGCCGUCUCCAUGCGCAUUCAUAUCGGCGCGUCAGCGCGGCUGUCGGCGCGGAGUGGCCGGUAAUACCGGAGGCGUUUGGACUGAUGCUGGACACAGACGAGCACCGGGGAAGUGGAAAACGGAACAGGACAGGUAUGAAGCGUCCAUUCAGCCCAUCUGCGCUGCCCAACGCUGAGUUAGACAGGAGGGGAUUCAGAGCUGGUCUGCUGGCGAAGAUGGAGGGCGAGCCUUGCUGCAGCCCCCAGGAUGAGGGUGCAGUUCAAGAGGAGAGGCCAGCAGGGGGCACCCUGCCUUCUGCACUUCACAGACCUAAACGGGACAGGAAGCAACGCAGUUACACGCUGUGUGAGGUCUGCAACAUCCAACUCAAUUCAGCUGCCCAGGCCCAGAUCCAUUACAAUGGCAAAUCUCACCAGAAGAGACUCAAGCAGAUCAGCAACGGCAAGAUUCCCCCCAGCACAGGUACAUCGGCCCAGGCCAGUCCCGUCCUGGCCUCGCUGCCCGUCCCAGGACGGCCCCUGCAGCCUCAGCUUGACCUCAAACACUUCCUGCCCUUCAGACUCAAUGGAUCCUCCCCACUCAGCCUGUUCCCCAACUUUAACACGAUGGACCCAGUGCAGAAGGCAGUGAUCAACCACACUUUUGGUGUCCCUCAGCCUCUCAAGAAAAAACAGAUUAUCUCGUGUAACAUCUGCCACCUACGCUUCAACUCCACGAAUCAAGCUGAGGCCCACUACAAGGGACACAAACACGCCAGGAAGCUCAAAGCCAUGGAAGCCCAGAAGAACCGUCAACGGCGGUCUGGGGAAACUUCAUCUGCAGGAAGGGAGCGGGACAAAGAGCGGGUGCGAGACAGAGAGAGAAACAAAAUGGCUGCCUCAGUGACAGCCCCCCCUGCCCUUCUGGACUCAAGUUUGAUGGAGGGGACGAGUCUUCAGUCUGAUCUAGAACCAGCCAAUAUGGAGGUGAAGCUCGAUGAGAGCCCCAGGAGCUCGGUUAUGCUGACGCCUGUGUCUGAGGUUUCCUCUGUGGAGCUAGCCAACCUAUCCCCUACCCAGGUGUCCCCUUCCUCCCAGCUCUCCGAGUCUGCCUCAGAUGCCAGCGCCCCUGAAGCAGCGGAGACCCCCGAACUCCCAGCCUCCACCAUGGACUCAGGUGCCCAACCAGAUACCUCCAGCACAGACGGCGAGCCCCGCACGGAUGAAGACAAGGAUGCCAAGAAGAGCAAGGCACACCUUCACUGUCCUGUCUGCAAAGUCACAGUUAACUCCACCUCACAAUUGGAGGCACAUAACAGAGGCACAAAGCACAAACUGAUGCUGGAGGGUCAGAGUGUCCAGCCGCGGCGCAGGGGCAAAGUGGUGGCAGCCCGUGCAGCCUGCAAGAGCAAACGACUGGGCAACAAAGGUAGUGUGGGGGUGCCCAGCAAGAACUUCCAGUGUGAAAUCUGCGAGAUCUUCGUCAACUCCGAGACACAGCUGAGCCAGCACAUGAACAGCAGGAGACACAAGGACCGGCUGGCAGGAAAACCUCCCAAACCCAAAUUCACCCCCCACAGCAAGAGCCAGCCGAGCUCCAGCUUAGCGAACGUGAGAUGGAGUGGCUUUGCAGGUGGAGCUGUGUCUGCCAUGAAGAAAGUGUUCAGCCAUUACAACCUCACCUCCUUCUCCUCACAGACCAAAUUGGCCUUGCAGAAGCAGCUGACCAAGAGCCUGACAACUGGCUUCCUGCCGAGCCCCCUCACCCCACCGACUCUGUGCACAGUGGCAACUAACCCACUGGCUUUGCGCCACCCAGCGGGUACCACCUUCAUCCAGACCCCCUUCCUGGGUCCCGCCCUGUUCCGGCCUGCCCCAGGGCCAUUGCGGGCCACACACACACCCAUCAUCUUCUCCCCUUACUAA